AUUGACACUGGGUCAGUAUUAUACUAGUGUCUUCAGCGCGAACAUCGGACAGUACAAUUUUACACUCGUUCGCGAAAGUGUCCACGCGGUGCAAAGCAUAAAAUAAACUUAACGAUUAAAAAACAUUUGAAAAAAAAAUUGUACUUAACGUAAUAUAAACGUCCAUAAUAUACAACGCGCAUCAUCCGGUUUUUAUCGUAGUGACAGUCCACCUGGAUACAGUUGUAUAUAUACAUGGUCGUAAAAUUGGAUCAUUCCGUCGGGUUCACUAUGAAGAGAUGCCUGAGGCACCAAGUGUACAUCGUGUUCCUCGGAGCUCUGUUGUUCUUACACAGCACCAGCGGCGAUGGUAGCCUGGGGCCGGAGAACAACAACGCGGCGGCGCUACCGCUCGAACACAGAUCCGGUGGCGGUUACGAUGUCGGACUGCCACUUCCGUCCGGCGGUCCGCUACAGGGGCCGCAUGACGACACGUGGCCGCUGCAGGCCGUGCCGGACGCCGUCAAGAUCAAACACCUGCAGGUGCAGUGCGAGAAGACACACAUGCGAGUGAACAUCGAAUUCGACAGGCCGUUCUACGGAGUGAUUUUCUCUAAAGGUUACUACAGCGAUCCACACUGCGUGCACGUGAAACCCGGCACCGGUCACCUGAGCGCCACUUUUGAGAUACUGUUGAACAGCUGCGGCAUGACGUCGUCAGGCGGAGCCGGCGGCGGCGGUGGCGGUGGGGCCGUGUCCGGUUACGGGCAGACGCCUAGUGGCAGCUACGUGGAGAACACCAUCAUCAUCCAGUACGACCCGUACGUGCAGGAGGUGUGGGAUCAGGCGCGCAAGUUGCGGUGCACGUGGUACGACUUCUACGAGAAGGCGGUCACGUUCCAGCCGUUCCAGGUGGACAUGCUGCACGCGGUCACCGCCAACUUCCUCGGCGACAACCUGCAAUGCUGGAUGCAGAUCCAGGUGGGCAAGGGCCCGUGGGCGUCCGAGGUGUCGGGCAUCGUGAAGAUCGGGCAGACCAUGACCAUGGUUCUGGCCAUUAAGGACGAGGAGAACAAGUUCGACAUGCUGGUGCGCAACUGCGUGGCGCACGACGGCAAGCGAACGCCCAUACAGCUGGUCGACCACAACGGUUGUGUCAUCCGGCCGAAGAUCAUGUACAAGUUCCAGAAGAUCAAGAACUUCGGACCGUCCGCGUCCGUCGUGUCAUUCACGUACUUCCAGGCGUUCAAGUUCCCCGACUCGAUGAACGUGCACUUCCAGUGUGUCAUCCAAGUGUGCCGAUACCACUGCCCCGAGCCCAAGUGCCCCGGUGACUACGCACUGCCACAGCACGCGGCCGACGCCACCGGUGGUGACUACGCGUCCCCCGGCCUCAAUUCGGUGCACCCCAACGAGUACGGACCUCCACCACCGCCACAGUUGGCCGACUACCCCGCGUAUCCGGACCCCAGACACCCAUCCGGACCUGCCGGCGCAUACUCUGAACUGAAACCGGAAAUAGUGUUGCCGAACGCGGCGCCACCGUCGGCCAGCAGCCCGAAACCAUCGCAGGCGGACGCAGCGGCCGCGGCCGGUGACGACCGCAACGAUGGCAACGACGCCGACGAUGACGGUUUGAACCUUCCACCACCACCAUUGCCCGGCCACGGUGCGUCGUACGCCACCGUCAAGCGACAGGGCACCGUCGGCGGUGACGAGCAACAGCAGCAACAGCACAUGAACUUGGUGUCGUUGGGUGGCCGUCCGCGGUCCGUCGACAUGGACGCCGCCACCAAGCCGCACCGACACCACCGUCGGUCCACCGGCGACCCCGAACUGGACGUCAACACCAGCCGCAUCAUACAGGUGGUCGCGCCCGGCGACGUCAACUUCGCAUUGAACGUGCCCAACAGCGGCAACGGCACCAACGGCAGCGGCGGUAACGGCGACACGGUCGUCAUGUCCACCCGGUCCGGCCACUCGGCGGACAGCGUGUGCAUCAGUGUUCCGUCAUUCGUCGCCGGUCUGGCCAUGCUCCUGUCCGUAUUGGUGGUCGCCUGUCUGGUGGUCACAUUCCUGUUCUUGCGGGUCCGGUCCAUGAACAGCGCGAAGGCCAUGUCGUGCGGCGCACCGCCGUCCGCACAGGGACCGUACAUGCACGGCGCGGCGUUCGAAGCGGCCGAGUUCGUCAAGAUGGCCAGCUCGUAGGGCCUUCCGGCCACGCUGCGGGCCACCCGUGUCAUCAGCUUAAACAAUCAUUUUCCGACCCAAACCCACACCUCGACGCCCCCCUACCCACACAAACACCCCUGUCAACGUUAAAUCCAUAAUAAUAUAUAUAGGCAGGUCGUAUACGAUCUGACGAAACCGAUUCUGAUUUUUCAUUCGCGCGCACCGCGGUUUUGUAGCAAAAAAUAAUAAUGAAUAAUAUCCAUAAUCGAUUAUCUUCAUGUCGUUAUCACAUUAACCACGAACCGGUUCUCGUGAUCUUAAGUAUAUAAUUAUGCCCAAAGACAAUUGCGAAAAAUCGUCCUUCGUGUCAUUUCCUGUGCGUGCGCGAGCACACAAUAAUUGCGGUACCUAUUUUUGGCCGAUCGUAAAAAUUUAAUAAAAAAAAAAUAUAUAAUGUAUAUUAUAGGUGUACCUAUAAUAUAUAUAUAAUGAUACACGCUACGAUGCGCAGAAUACGGCGCAGUACACUAUAUUCUGUGCAGGGCCCGCGGACGUUUAUAGCAUUUCAUGAUCCGACACGAUAAACGUCCGUUUAAGUUAUUUUAUUUAUUUGUAAGCACAUCUACUGUAGUAAGCAGUAUGACGAAUGACGUACGAGCAAUGCUCGAAUUAGAUGAUAACCGUAUUAAUAUUAUAUUAUAUUAUACAGUCGAACUUGGUUAACUCGAACUUCUAUUUAACUCGAAAUCUUCGAUCCCUUGAACUUUUUCACCUAGAAUUUUUCACAACUGUAUUACCAUUGGAUAACCCGAACUUUUUGGCCGGUCCUUUCAACUUUGAGUUAACCACGUUCGACUGCAAUUGUAUAUUAUUAAAAAAAAAUUGUUCACAAUAAUAUAUUGUUUGUAAGAAAAGGCGAGGCGACGGCUCCUCCGCUGAUCAUAUCUAAACACUACAAUUACUGCUUUGAUAAUAUUUUAUAUAUUUUUAUUAUAUUUCAUUUUAUCGUGUGUAAUAAUGGUCAUAGCGGAAGCCAGUCGUCGAAAUAUAAUAAGUUACAAAUCUUAUAUUUCUAACACGACAGUGAUAUUAUAAUAUUAUAACGUAUAUAAUGUUAUUAUUAUCAUCAUAAAACAUGUACAUUAUUUUUUUUUUUAUCUUUGUAAAUAUUAUAUUUAUGUAUAACAUUAGUCUUAAAGAUAUUAUUUUAUAGCGUUUAAAACAAUAUUAUCAUGUAUACAAAGAUCGAUAUAUUAUACUAUAACAAUACCAGCUUUUAAUUACUAUCAUCAUUAUUAUAGGUAUAUUAUUACUAUU